CCAGCUCUUCCGACCCGCGGGGGCCUCACCAUGACAGAGAAGGAGGGCACGCGCGCCACCGCCCCGGAGCCUCUGCCGCAGCAUGGCAAGCCGCGCGGCCACGAGAGCGGGACCGGCAAAGCCACCCGCACAACGAAGGGGGGCAGCUCGACCCCUGCACUGACCCCUGCCCCGACGGUGUCCGUCCCGCCGUGCGCCGUGGUGGUCCCACCCAGCGGCCCGAACGCCGCGCUCGCGGUGCACGGCCCGGUGGCUCCCCGCCGCUCCACGGGGUUCGCCAUCCAGGAGAUCCUGGGGCUGAACCGGGAGCCCCCGCGUCCUGCUGUGGACCCGGCCAUGCUCCAAUUGGCCGCCGCGCGUUCCGUGCUGCACGCCGGCGGCGGCAUGGGCGGCAUGGGCGGCGGCAUGCACGGCUUCGUGGGUCACGCCGCCUUCUCGGCCUUUUACGCGCCUCCCGCGGCCUUCCUGGAGGCCCUGCACAGCGCGGGGGACGCGAGGGCGGCGGGACACGGGGGGGUCAUGGGCCCGCACCUGGCCGCACUCGCGUGCAGAGCAGCGCCGCACCUCGACAGCCACCACGAGUACAGCUCGGAUUCUGAAGACAUCUCGUCGGGAGACAGGUGCGCAUUGAAUGUCUCCAACGGCUGCCAGUCGAAAAAGCGGAAGAAGCGACGGCACAGGACAAUCUUCACGUCGUACCAGCUGGAGGAGCUGGAGAAGGCCUUCAACGAGGCACACUAUCCGGACGUGUACGCCAGGGAGAUGCUGGCCAUGAAAACCGAGCUGCCCGAAGACCGCAUCCAGGUGUGGUUCCAGAACAGGAGAGCCAAGUGGCGCAAGCGUGAGAAGUGCUGGGGCCGCAGCAGCGUGAUGGCCGAGUACGGCUUGUACGGAGCCAUGGUGAGACAUUCCAUCCCGUUGCCCGAGUCCAUCUUGCGCUCGGCCAAGGAGGGGGGAGCGGUCGAUUCCUGCGCGCCGUGGCUUCUGGGCAUGCACAAGAAGUCCGUGGAGAGCUGCAAGCACGGGCAGCAGCAGCAGCGGACAGACGUCGGCUUCAAGGGCCGCGAGGUCGGCGUCCGUGACCCGGACAGCUCGGCGUCACCCCGUGACGGCGACCCAGCGGCGGCUUACAAGGCACGGCCAGGGUCCCCGCACGGCACCCCGCAGCGUCCCGUCGGUCACGGUACCCCGGGACCCAGAGCCACCGUGCAGCACUCGUCGGGAGGAAGCGCCAGGGACGGCAGGACCGGGGUACGGACUCCCUCUUAAGGCGAAUCUUGCGGGGCCGCUCUGCUGAUGGGAGCUGUUCCCUGCGGGGUGGAUGAUGAUGAUGAUGGUGGUGGUGGCGGAACUUGUGAGUGGCACGAAUGGGGAAGAGGGCUUUGUCACACGCGGCCACAGUUGAGCUGCGGCGAGCAGCCAGCGUAAACCCUUUUAUCUUUGUUGACCCACAGCAUCGGCCGUGUUGUUCCGCUGUUUGUUCGGUCAAAUCGAGUUAACUUAUGAGAAGUUGUCAUAUUUAUUCGUGUGCUAGAAAUUGAAGAGGCGACAGUUAAGGCAUACUUUAUUGUUCCAGUCAAGGUUGCCCCGUUGUAAUUGGCGGGUGUGCAGGGAGUGUUCUGAGCGCCAGCAUGCGGUGAAUGGCCGUAUUUUGUCAUUUGCCGCGAGCAGUGCUACGUGAUGUUCAAGUUUAUUUUGUUUAAGCAGGUGACAACUCAAUAAGAGGCGAGAAAAGUCUAAUUUUCAAGAGUGACCUUGAAUCUUAAUGAAGGAUGCGAAUGCAAAUGCAGGUGAUGCCAAAGAGGCAGCGGUAGCCGUUUAACAAUGAUUCAAAUGUGUGAAAGACGCGGGGCUUAAUUUCUUACUAUUUUCUGGGUCGCUGAUAGAUUUAAGGAGGUGGCACCGUGACGCCCAUAGCGAGAGAUAUACUUGAUGUGGUGUGUCGGGCAUAUACAUAUUUUAUGAGUCGCUGACCCAGACAGACCCACCUGAAAUGAAGUCCCGAAGAGAUUAAUUAUUUUACAGAAUUCUGUACAGGGGUUAAUGUUCCAAGGGCUAAACAUGAACAAACUGCAGCUGUGACAGUCAUAUGCGAGGAGCACAUUUCUUAACUAAACGAGGCGUGAAUAGUCACACGGCAUCUAGUUCAACGUUACCCAAGAGCAUAAGCCAAGUAUGAAUAUUAUGGUAGAAAAAAAUACACACAUUGCAAAACUGUGCUAAGGUCAUCAAACCCACACUUGCAUCGAGUAAUACCUGCAACUCAUUUCAGAGCUGUUCCACAAGCACAUAUUGUAUGUUGUAAAUACUUAUUGUUUUAUCAUUAUCGAUUAAAUAUAACUUUGGUUAUGUUCACAGUUUUUAAUAAUUUUAAUUUAGCACCGUGUAAAUAAGAAGCAGUGUUUGCUUUAGUUAUGUUUGUAAUCUCAGCAUUACAUUAUCUCUCCCUUACAUGGACAAUUAUACGAAUAGCGAGCACUAACAUUGUACAUUAUGUAAAUAUUUUACACAAAUAGUGGAAAUAAAGCCAUACACAUUUUGGCGAUAAGAAUUCUGAAAUCUUUACAAACAUGGGGGCACCUUUGUAAAGGCCUCAUAUUACACGAGUGGAGGCCCUUCCACAAGCAGUGGUGUGAGCGAGCAAUUGCAGGGCUGCACCUUUACCGUAGCAGAAAUUUCAGAAAGUAAAACAAAUUGUGCUCAGUCAAGAUGCCAUACUCCUGUUGAAGUGAGGGCGCUGAACCAGGUUGAGGUCAUCAUCGACAAUUUGAGACGAGUUAAUCACUUGAACAAACUAUUUCAUGAGAACAAAGUUUCUCGGGUGUGGGCAAAACUAAUAUUUCUGGAAUUCAGUGAAAUCUCUUUACGAGAACUCAGUAUUUUCCUACUUUGUAAUGGUAACAAUUUAAUCGGAAAUUACAGGAUGACAGAAAACUUAAGACGUGACCUGGCAGUUAUUACAAUUCUCAACUCCACUGACUAAAGUAAUCAGUAUCUUUCGAUUGCCCUGGUUUGACUAACACACUGAGAAUUGCAUUGCUCUACAUAAACCAUUUCAGCACGAUUGGUAAAUCCAAUACAUUGGCUUGACUCUGCAUAAUAACUCACCAACGAUUAAAUCAGACGACCCUAAAGAUAACCACUACACUUUUAUUUCUCCGUUUGUACAUCCUUUAAAGUUAUUUAUCGUGAUAGCCCAUAGCAUUAUGUGUUUGUAAAACUGACAUGAACGUGUUGAUAUGUUUCCAAGGCGAGUUUUAACAAUCCACCCUCUGUUGUUAUUUAGUAACUUCACGCUGUAUUUGGGUCACACGUACGAAAAACAAGUUUUAGUGCAAAACAUCCAAUAAAAUGCGACUUAAAAAAAUUCAAA